AUGGAUCAAGGAGGACGUGCGUUUGUGUCGGCGUUGAGUGUCGGAAUAGGAAUCGGAGUUGGGCUUGGUGUCGGGAGAACGGUCAACCGUUUGACCGCCGGUAAUGAUUCAUCGACAAAUGCUCUGACGCCACAAAUAAUGGAGCGUGAGAUGCUUGGUUUGAUCAUGGAUGGAAAAGAUAGCAAAGUCACUUUCUAUGAAUUUCCAUAUUAUCUCAGUGAGCAAACAAGGGUCUUACUUACAAGUGCUGCCUGUUUUUAUUUAAAGAACAUCGAUUUUUCUAAGCACACAAGGAACCUUGCUCCCGCAAGUCGAACUAUAUUGUUAUCUGGGCCUGCUGAACUUUAUCAACAAAUGCUUGCCAAAGCUUUGGCUCAUUACUUUGAAGCCAAACUGCUAUUGCUGGAUGUUACGGAUUUCUCACUAAAGCUUCAAAGCAAAUACGGGCCUUCUUCUAAACCAAACUCGUUGAAAAGGUCUAUAUCAGAAACGACUUUGGCACGAAUGUCUGGGUUAUUUGAAGGAUUAUCUGUGAUUCAACCCAAACCAGAAAGAAAAGGGGGUUUACGUAGACAAAGCAGUGUAGCUGAUUUAGGAUCAAGAGGGGCUGAACCUCUCCAGAAUCCAACAAACCUUCGGAGAAAUGCGUCUACUGCAGCUAAUAUGGAUCAGUUUGCUUCAAACAAUGCUCCAGUUAAUCCAGCUCCACUUAGGCGCACAAGCAGCUGGUCUUUCGAUGAGAAGUUAUUUUUGCAAACCCUAUACAAGGUUCUCACUUUCACAUCAAACAACAGUCCAAUCGUGUUAUACCUUCGAGACGUUGAAAAAUUCCUAGGAAAAUCUCAAAGAGUAUACAUCCUCUUCCAAAAAAUGUUAAAAAAAAUAUCAGGACCAAUACUAAUCAUCGGUUCACAAGUCGUUGACCACGAUCAAGACUUCAGUGUAGUAGACGAGCGUAUCACUGCCGUGUUCCCCUACACCAUCGAUAUCAAACCACCAGAAGAAGAAAACCAUCUAGUCAACUGGAGGAACCAAUUGCAAGAAGACAUGAAGAUGAUUCAAUUUCAAGAUAACCGAAAUCAUAUUAGUGAAGUGCUUGCAGCUAAUGAUCUUGAAUGUGAUGAUCUUAAUGCUAUUUGUGUUGCGGACACGAUUGUUAUUAGCAAAUAUAUCGAAGAAAUUGUGGUAUCGGCGAUCUCUCAUCAUUUAAUGAAUACUAAUAAUCCUCAUUACCGAAACGGAAAAUUAGUUAUUUGUGCUGAGAGUUUGUCGAGUGGUUUGAGUCUAUUCAACGAAGGUCGAUCUGUGAAGACGGGCCCACCACAGAAUGCAACCGGCACAACAUCAGAAACAAAACCCGCACCCGCAGCUGCAGCUGCAGCUGCUGCUGCCGCAGCAGAAGCGGCGGCUCCUACGACCGCUGAUGAUGCUGCUGCCGCCACUGCUCCACCACCAGUAAAAGCUCCGGAAGUACCUCCAGACAACGAAUUCGAGAAGCGAAUAAGACCCGAGGUGAUUCCGGCGAAUGAAAUCGGCGUAACAUUCGCCGACAUCGGCGCCCUAAGCGAAAUCAAGGAAUCACUCCAAGAACUGGUAAUGCUCCCACUCCGCCGCCCGGACUUAUUCAUCGGCGGCCUUCUAAAACCUUGCCGGGGAAUCCUCCUAUUCGGACCUCCGGGAACCGGAAAAACCAUGCUAGCGAAGGCCAUUGCCAGCGAGGCAGGCGCGAGUUUUAUAAAUGUGUCGAUGUCUACGAUUACCUCAAAGUGGUUCGGAGAAGAUGAGAAAAAUGUGAGAGCUUUGUUUACGCUUGCAGCUAAGGUGUCGCCGACGAUUAUAUUUGUCGAUGAGGUGGAUAGUAUGUUGGGUCAAAGGUCAAAAGGUGGAGAACAUGAAGCUAUGAGGAAGAUUAAGAAUGAGUUUAUGACUCAUUGGGAUGGGUUGUUGUCGAAAUCGGGUGAGAGGAUUCUUGUUCUUGCUGCUACUAAUCGGCCUUUUGAUCUUGAUGAAGCAAUUAUUAGGCGUUUCGAAAGAAGGAUCAUGGUUGGUCUACCAUCUGUGGAACAGAGAGAAACUAUCUUUAAAACCCUUUUAUCGAAAGAACAGAUCGUAGAAGGAUUGGACUUCAGAGAGAUUGCCAAUAUGACCGAAGGAUUUACCGGAAGUGAUCUCAAGAACUUGUGUACAACUGCGGCUUAUCGACCAGUUCGAGAGUUGAUUCAGCAAGAGAGACAAAAGGAUCUUGAGAAAAAAAAGAAAGCUGAGAGUGGUGACACCUCAGAAAGCCCAAAAAGGGUAAUUACUAUUAGGCCACUCAACAUGAAAGACUUCAGGGAAGCAAAAACCCAGGUGGCGGCUAGUUUUGCAGCUGAGGGGUCAAUAAUGACCGAGCUGAAGCAAUGGAAUGAUCAAUAUGGGGAGGGAGGUUCAAGGAAACAAAGUACGCAGCAUUUGACUUAUUUCCUGUAAGGUUGUUUCAUCACCUCAUUCUUUAGUUUAAACAAACUACCUAAUUACUUGAACCCUUCUUAAAUACAAAAAAAGAAGGUUAACAAUUAAUUAAACUGUAUAUAUACUGUACACAACACCCUCUUUGAAGGGAACCCGUGUUGUUGUAGAAUGUAUUAUUAUUUAAUUUUUCUUGUGUUCGUUACACAAAAUCACAAAAUGUAACACUUGUAAACCGAUAUAUGGUUUUUCCUUGUAACUGUAUCAUAAAUAAAUACAGUUUCUUUCCUACUCUUCUUCUCAUUUCAUGUCUUAUUUGUUUAAUGGGAUUAGUUUCCUUUUUUCGCAUUUUUGAGUGGAGCAAAAGUAAUGCAAUUUUUUUUUUCUUAUAAAGAGG